AUGAUUGAUGAAGACGAUGAGGUUCGUGAUCGCGCAGCCUUCUACCACUAUAUUUUAUCACAUAACCAAGUAGCAUUAAAAUCUGCUUACCUUUUAAGUGAAGAAAUGCAUCUAAGUCCAUCUGGUUUAGAGCGUGCUUUGUUGGAUUAUGUGCACAACUCACACACAGUUGCUGGUAGUCCUUUCUUUUUGGCGACAGUCCCAAUAGCUGAUAUUGUUCAGCCAAAUGAUCUUAGUUCUGCCAUUGAAUCGGAUGUUGUAAAGAUUAAAGCUAAAUCUAAUACCAUGGCUGGUGAAGGUCGAAACGCAUCACUUGUUUCUCAGAUGUCAGGGAAACGUAUUCAAGAUUCAUUUGCUGAGCAGCUGGCACCUAUACCCGAAUUUUCUGGUCUUGGCUCCAUAUUCAAAUCUUCUUCAUUAGUAGAAUUAACUGAAUCUGACACUGAAUAUGUAGUAACAUGCAUAAAACAUUUAUUCUCAAGGCAUUUAGUCUAG